CUGUACGUGUUGGCACAAGUGCUUCGAGUGCCACAGUACUGAGACGGCUUUAUAUCACAAGCGCUUCAGUUUGGCUCUGCAGUACAGCUCCCGGCACAGGCAGUUUAGUGAGUACGACGUCGCUGAUACAGAGAUGGGAGACGCCAAGGGCAUCGAGUACGUGGUUCUGGGACCCGAGGCCUUCGAGGAGGUGGCCAAGUUGAUCAACGAUGAAUUUCUAACCCGGGAGCCUCUUUCCAUGGGCUCCCGUUUGAACGGCUCGGCAACAGAAGGGGCAAUAGGCACCGGGCUGAAGAAGUGCCUCAAUUCCGGAGUGACUAUCGGCGCCAAGGACACCAGCACAGGGACCUUGGCCGGCGUCAGGUUAAGUUAUAUCAAGACCAAAGCAGAUCAAUCUACACUUCAGCCGAAGACUGAAUUUGAGAAGAAAGUGCUGGGAAUCGUAGAUGAAGUGGGAGCCAAGGUGGACUUGUUUGAAGACCCGGGAGUGGAGAAGGUGCUGUACAUGUUCAUGCUGUCCGUGCGGCGCGAGUACGGCGGCCGCGGGAUCGGGAGGAGGCUGGUUGAGGUCACCAUGGAGCGUGGCAAAGCCCUGGGCUGCCAGCUCGCCUUCACGACCAUCACCAACGUGCUCUCGGGCAAAAUCUUCCUCGGGCUUGGCUACGAGACCCGCUUCACGCUGGACAUGGCCUCACCGGAGGGCGACCGCGGGAUGGACCUCGCGGCCAUGGACGGCAACAAGACGGUGCGCAUCAUGACAAAACGCCUGUAACACAUGCAUAAUUAAAGUGAAGAACAUCAUUGA